GCCCUGUGCGCAUGCGCGGCGCGUCCGUUCCCACGGCGACGGAGAGGCGCCGCAAUGAGCGAAGCGGAGCUGGACGCGGCCGUGGCGGGGAAAUACGAAAUGAAGAAGCGGCUGGGAAAGGGGGCUUACGGCAUUGUAUGGAAAGCAAUUAAUCGCAGGACAGGAGAAAUAGUUGCAGUUAAGAAGAUUUUUGAUGCUUUCAGGAACAGAACAGAUGCUCAGAGAACGUUUCGUGAGAUUAUGUUCCUACAGGAAUUUGGAGAGCAUCCCAAUAUCAUCAAGCUGCUCGAUGUUAUCCGAGCUCAGAACAACAAGGACAUCUACCUCAUUUUUGAGUCUAUGGAGACAGAUUUACAUGCUGUCAUUAAGAAGGGGAAUGUGCUGAAGGACAUCCACAAGUGUUACAUUCUCUAUCAACUCCUGAAAGCCACUAAAUUCAUCCAUUCAGGAAAUGUUAUUCACAGGGAUCAGAAGCCUUCGAAUAUCUUGCUGGAUGCAGACUGCUUUGUGAAGCUCUGUGAUUUUGGGCUGGCCCGUUCUUUGUGUCAGAUGGAUGAAGAACAAAGCAGCCCUGCCUUAACAGAAUACGUGGCCACGCGCUGGUACCGAGCCCCUGAGAUCCUGCUUUCCUCCCGGAGCUACACUAAAGGGGUGGACAUGUGGAGCAUUGGCUGCAUUCUGGGCGAGCUGCUGCUUGGGAAACCUCUUUUUCCUGGAACAUCAACCAUCAAUCAAAUAGAGCAGAUCUUGAGGGUCAUUCCUGCCCCAUCCUCAGAAGAUAUUAUGGCUAUGAAAUCAGACUACAGGGCCUCAAUUAUUGACCGCAUGAGUUCCCGGCAACGGGUAACGUUUGAGGAGAUUUUACCAUCCUCCACUCCUUUGCCUGCCUUGGAUCUUCUGAAGAAGCUUUUAGUGUUUAACCCUGACAAACGACUGACGGCAGAGGAGGCCCUGCAGCAUCCCUAUGUGAAAAGGUUUCACUGCCCUGCCACGGAGCCCUCUCUGGGUUACGAUGUGAUUCUUCCUUUAGCUGAUGACACUCAGCUGUCUGUGGCAGAAUAUCGAAACAAACUGUAUGAGAUGAUCCUUCAAAAGAAAGUAAAUAGCCACCCAAAGGAGCAAACGCAGAGAGGAGACACUGAAUCGAGUCAAUCUCAACCCAGACCAUUCUUUCCAUAUUCCAAUCCUGUGACUUUAACCACCAGGAAAAGCCAGGGAAUGCCACCAGCACCUCUGCCAAAACAUCCACACAGGGAUGCUGGAAGCACAGCCAGUGUCCAGGCAGAGGUAUCCAACCAGAGCAAAGACUUCUCAACAUCAAAGAUCGGUGUGAUCUACAACCCCAUCACACACUGUGCUGUUCAAACAGGUAAUGCAAAUUCUGGUGCUGUCAUCAGGAACCAUUCUGCACCACCUCCUCAGCAGGGAAGAACUGCCAGCGAUGGGAAGCAGAGGAGACAAAUUAUGUGGGCAAAUGCAAAUGCUCAGCUUCCUGCAAGCGUACAGAACCCUUCCCGUCACCCACGAAAUACUCAACUCCACAGCAAAGACGUUCGCCCCCUUCAGAAAUGCAGUAAAAAGAUGUUCCAUAUGACCGCGAACGUGGGAGCUGCCGGCGAUCCCAAGGCGUCCAUGGGCAGUUAUUCUCAGGCCUAUGGAACCAUAUGCAAAUCUGCCCUGCAGAGUCUUCCGAUAUCAAAUUCCUCCCAACAACACGAGGAGCCAAUAUGGAAGAGUUCAACCCAGGCCUCGUCAGCCCCCUAACGAAGCCGGAACAGUGAAUGGGAGCUCGGUACAGAAGGCAUUUGUCCCAGCUGAACAGGAAUUCACUGCUUGGAACAACCAUACUGCUUUCCCUGGGACAAACCAGAAGGGAAAAGAGAUAAAUCCUUUUGCCUUCCAAUCUUCCCAACUACUUGCUUCCAUACCAUGAGAGUUCUGUCCAUGUUCCUUAUUUUCGCUGCUGCAAAAAACCACAGAAGGCUGCAGUGUUCCACACCUGGCUGCCUUCAGACGCAUCCACAUUCCUUUGGUCAGAGGCACUGCCUCAAUCCAGGCCCUUUUCGAGCAGGACAAUUAACCAUCUGCUUCCUGAAGAUCAAGGGGGCUGAACUCCUCAUCUUCAUCUUCAAGUGUUUUAUAUCACGCUAAUUGAUGUAUGACUCUUUCAGGGCAAGCGAAUGAGCCUGAAUAAGCAAAACAAGUGAAGAUUACUUUCAACACAAUCAAGUAGAAAAGCCUUUGAAGUGGGCUCUGCUAGAACGCUUCAUGCUCUACCUACCACCUGUUCACAAUAGAAGCGCUGCAACAAUAAAUCUUCCGUGUUGCACUACAAAAAAAUGUGUAUUUAAUGGCUGUUUGCAGUCUGUAGAAGGGGGAAAUACAC